AUGGUUGGUGCACCUGCUUUACUUCCCAUACCGGGAACCAGCUCCUCAAAAGAGAAAGCACGUAUCACUGACCGUCAACGAAGGCAACGUAUCGCUGAUAACCUCAAAGCCUUACACGAAUUGCUUCCAAAUUCAGCAGAGGAACAAAGUGGAAGUAGAUUGCAAACGGAAUCAACUGCUAUACCACUAGUUUUUUAUGAGAUAAUGGGGAAACUACUUGAAGAACAUUCAGCAGCAGCUGGUCAGCUACUAGAGAGUAAGGGUCUAUUCCUGCUGCCUAUGGCUUUGGUUGAUGAGUUGAGUGAGGCUAUGCAAAGGUUUGUGGGGAGUGCACUUGUCUGA